AUGGUUGAAUGGCAUCGACUGCUUUGGUUUCCACAGGCUAUACCGAGGCAAAGAUUCAUCACAUGGCUUGCUUUUCGAAACAAGCUAUCAACGGGUUCAAGAAUGAGGCAAUGGGGGAUGACUCAAGCGUGUCCGCUUUGUGGAGAACCAAACGAGACUAGGGACCACCUAUACAAUACUCUUAUACAAUAUGGGACUUGCUCUGCUCGAGCGCUCUCACCCUUGGAUUCCAUGCUCUCUAAGCUAGCUUUCCAAGCAACAAUAUACUGGAUUUGGAAAGAAAGAAACGGGCGAUGUCAUGAUCAACCGCGUCGCACUCCAAUGCAUUUGGCUCAUGUCAUUCAUAAGGAGAUCAGCAACAAGCUUCUCUCUCUUGGUGAUGACGCCGCAGAAGUGAACGAACGUUUGCUUCGUUGGAACGAAGUUGCUACACUUCACUGA